UGAGAUGAUCCCUGUGGUGAUCGGAAUGGUGUCUCUUAGGUUCCUGGGGUCCCUUCCUAUCCUGGGGUUGCCCCUGAAAUAGGCCCAGGUUCCUGGGGUCCCUUCCUAUCCUGGGGUUGCCCCUGAAAUAGGCCCUUAGAGCUUACAUGGUCUUUUUAAAAGCCAGCCCAUACCCCCUUACUGCACCUCUCCAAGCCCCUCAGUGGAGCUAGUGUGGGACCAGUGACUUGAGAUCCCUUUCAUUACUAGAGGACAAACCCGUAGAGCAGUUUUUGAGCUCCUAGGAAGAUAUGGGGGGAAUUCCUACCUUUGAGAAAAAGGCAUUUCCAUAUCUGCUGCUAGGGCCUGAGUAUGUCAUUCCAUUGUCAGGGGACAGGGAGUGAAGGGGAACAGUCACUUGCUCCUUAUCUGGGCUGUUUCUUGGCAGAUAUGAAAAUGAUAGCAUGGAUUGGGGUGAGGGGCAGGGGGUUUGAUGGCUACGAGGCCUGAGACCAAGGGAAGAUGUGUGCUAGCACCAGCAGCUGGCAAACCUAAGAGGAAACGCCAGGCCUGAUCUCUGUCCCAUUCCUGCUCUCCACCUGUCUCUACCCUCCUCUCCCCUUUCGCUGGCUCUGCCAGACUCUCCAUCUCCCUGGGCACCCGCCUCUUCACCCACCCCUCGAGGGUGGAGCUUGGCUGCACUCACGUGUGGCGGAGUUAAAUGCUCCCAGCCGGCAGAGGAGCUGGGGAGAGUGGCACUGAGCUGGCUUGGACAGAGAAGCGGCACUAUGGCUGGCAAGAAAGUCUGCAUUGUAGGCUCCGGCAACUGGUGGCUGUCCCAGAUGUGAUCCAGGCUGCAGCGGAUGCUGACAUCCUGAUCUUUGUGGUUCCUCAUCAGUUCAUCAGCAAGAUCUGUGACCAGCUCAAGGGCCACCUGAAGGCUAACGCUAUAGGCAUAUCUCUUAUUAAGGGGGUAGACGAGGGCCCCAAUGGGCUGAAGCUCAUCUCUGAAGUGAUUGGGGAACAUCUUGGCAUCCCCAUGAGCGUGCUGAUGGGGGCCAACAUCGCUAGCGAGGUGGCUGAUGAGAAGUUCUGCGAAACGACCAUUGGCUGCAAGGACCCAGCCCAGGGACAGCUUCUGAAAGAGCUGAUGCAGACACCAAACUUCCGUAUUACCGUCGUGCAAGAGGUGGAAACAGUAGAGAUCUGUGGAGCCUUAAAGAAUGUCGUGGCCGUGGGGGCUGGCUUUUGUGAUGGACUGGGCUUUGGUGACAACACCAAGGCAGCUGUGAUCCGGCUGGGACUCAUGGAGAUGAUAGCCUUCGCCAAGCUCUUCUGCAGUGGCCCCGUGUCCUCUGCCACCUUCUUGGAGAGCUGCGGUGUUGCUGACCUCAUCACUACCUGCUACGGAGGGCGGAACCGCAAGGUGGCUGAGGCCUUCGCCCGCACCGGAAAGUCCAUUGAGCAGCUAGAGAAAGAGAUGCUGAAUGGGCAGAAGCUGCAGGGGCCCCAGACAGCCCAGGAGCUACACAGCAUCCUCCAGCACAAGGGCCUGGUGGACAAGUUCCCCCUGUUCACAGCUGUGUACAAGGUGUGCUACGAGAGCCAGCCAGUGGGUGAAUUCAUCCACUGCCUACAGAAUCAUCCAGAACAUAUGUGAGCGAGAUGGGGCCCAGGACAGGCAGCUUCUUUGUGCCAAUGGGGACAAACAGAAGCUUGGGGCACCUGGUCCCCAGGACCCCCAGGAUUCCCCAUGGAGCAGCCUGUUCUCAAGCUUUUCUACCACCUGGAGAUCCUGAAUCCUCAAGCAGCCUGCAGCCUCUUGCUACCACAUCUCAGCCACACAUGGAGUGGCCUUGACCCUUCCCAGAUGUGGAGCUUUCUCCCUAUCCCGAGAAAGAGGUAGAAUCAAGCCCCAAUGCUGCCUGCUUUAUGUGUGUAUGUAUGUGUGUGUAUUUGGGAGAGGGAUGGGUUGGGGAAGGGAGGCAGGGCAAGGGCUACCAGUUGUUGCCUCACACAGACUAGGAAUCCUGCCCGUAAGUGCAGUUAAGUGGCUAAAGAAAUACGUCACCCUCAGGAGGGAAGAAGGCAAGGGCAGCCAGGGAGGAGGAGUCUGGGCUUUUGAGCUGACACAGACUCCAGGGACCCCUUGGCUCUGACCUCUGCCAGGCCCCACACAGCAUCAAUGGAUCUCAGUGUUUGUUAACAAAAUACAAAGAUCUCAAACAACUCCCUUCUGGCUUCUCCUAGCAACAUCUGCAUCCUCAGAAAUCUCUGAUCAUCCCCUUUCCCCUCCCUCGAGCUGCCUUGGCACAAGUUGCUGCCACGCUGGCAUUUCUGGCCCUGGGGCUUGCCACUCUCCCUAGGGACUUCCUGAUUCUUAGUUCUUUGCCAGCUCCUCUCCACCCUGUGUGACCUUUCCAAGCCUUCCCCUGCCUUCCCCUCCAACAUCCUCUUUGGGGAGCAGGAACUUAAUCUGCUGACAGAGCUACACCAUUACAUAGCAGGCUUGGAUCUCGAGGCUCCCUGUGACCUUUGUAUUUGCCCUGCCUCCCUUUUCAGCUGUUCCAGUAGGGGAGGGGUCAGUUGGGCCCCUCCUGCUGCUAUCUCCCUGAAGGACAUCCCUGACUCCACCCCUUUCCUCCUCCCAAACCUGGUACUUCAGUUUUUGCUGUCCCCAGAGCAGCUAACCAGAUCUGGCAUCUGGAGGCCACGGAGAGCAAGAGCUGGGAAAGGUGAGCAGGUUCCCAUGUUAGUGGGUCCUGACAUUCCAAAGCCAGAGCUGCUUGUCCAAUGAGGCCCUUCUCGUAGAGUGGUGACAUAUGUGCCUCAGGAGCUGCAAAACUCAAGGAAGAGGAAGAAAAUACAAACCACCUCAGCUCUGGAGUGAAGGAGGAAGGACAGGACCAGGUGAAGGGAGAGGUGGGUGCUCUGCAGUGGCCCUGCUCCAGUGGAGUGGGAGGGGAAUGUCACAGGUCAGCAGCCUGGGCCCCUGGCUAUAAAUAGUCCUUCCAGGGCCCCAGAGGCUCCAGCCAACCGCCAGCAGAGGGUCUCAGCUUCUGUGUGGCAGCACCUGGCACACUGUGACUCUGGCCAGUAUUAGAUGUUAUUCCUCCCUUACACCCCACAAAAUCAGGAAGGUGGGCUCUGUUCUGCCUUUAGCCUUUUAGGGUUCACUGACUUACCAGUGAAGGGCAGAGCUGCCCGGAUCAGGCAGGGAGAGUGUGUGAAAAGCACAGUCACCCCAGGCUGGCUGGGCCCAGGUGGGACACGGAAACCAGAGCUGCCUCCCCAGGAGGUCAAGGAGGGGCCUGAAAGACUAGCUCCCUUCCCUCAGCUGCGAACUUAGCUGUUCGGACAUCUCCCUGCGUUUGUUCACUCCACAGUCAACUGUGAAUCAGAGGCCUUCGGGUCAGUCUGCCUAUCUGCAAUAAAAUGUUUUUUCCAGAAACGA